CGCUCGAGUAAGGGUUCGGUAUCUACGCCUUCACACCAUGCCUCCCGACCAUCGUUCGAUAGCCUCGCAGACAUGAUCAAAGCUCUCUUGAAGGAGGCCCCACAGAAUCACGCAUCCGCCAAGUCCAAAGCCCUCGUCCGCGACAAGUUCCGCUGUAUGAUUUCAGGGAUCUAUGAUAUCACGUCUGCUGAGAUGAAUGAAGAGCUCGCGUCUAAAGCCCGGUACGAAGGAGCUCGUUUCAAUUACACCGAAUGUGCCCACAUAUUGUCUGAAUCAACCAAUCGGAAUAUCCAAGAUCCGCAGAAGGGGGAACAGCUCGCUGAUUAUGCUGCUUCGGUCUUCAGCAUCUUCAAGACCUUCGGAUAUCCAACAAUAUUGGACGAGUUGAAUGGUGAUAAGGUUCAUCGUCUGCAGAACGUCUUGACAUUAGAGGUCGGCGUGCACCGUCACUCUGAUGCGUUGAAGAUAUGGCUCACCGCAACGGGAACGGAGAAUCGAUAUAGGGUGGAAGGCGGUUCUUCGCUCUUUACAUCACAACUACCCCAGUUCGUGACGUUCACGACGGACGACCCCGACAAUCUCCCCCUUCCGUCACCACAUUAUCUAGCACUCCACGCCGCGUGUGCCAAGGUGGCCCAUCUUUCCGGUGCUGCAAAGUAUAUCGACCAAGUACUGUCCGACCUCGAAGGUGCGCUGGUGCUGUCGGAGGACGGUAGCUCCGCGGAGCUUCUGGAAGCGGCUCUUCCUUCACGCUGGGCGCCGCUCUCCUAUUUCUGUAUGAGUUGCAUUGACAUGGAGUUUUCUGGGCGCAGCGUGUAG